AUGAAGGAGAGUACAAACAGAUCGUUCUCGAAGUGUUUAGAAUGUCAGAAUAUUUUGUGACGUUAUUUCUAAAAAGACAUAAAUUUAAAGUUUUGUGUUGUUUAGCCAUAAAGCGCAACGUAACGACUAAAAAAGAAGUAAGAAAGCUACUUAAAAAGUGAGAAAUGUCUUUGUGGCACAUUCCUGUUCAUAAAUAUUUUGACACCGAUCCAUUCUUGGAUGACAUAAUGGAGAUAACUUUUCCUCCUUUAAGAUAUUUUCCAUUAUUUAAUGUUGGAACAAAUGCUGUUUCAAAAAAAAAGACUCCGAAAGAAAAUGGUUUUGUUGUAAAUCUUGAUGUUAAGCAUUACAAGCCAGAGGAAGUUACUCUUAAAGUAGAAGGUCAAGUUCUUGAAGUCAGUGGAAAGCAUCGUAACGAAAAUGAAAAUGGAUUUGAGUCUAGUGAGUUCCACAGAAAGUACACUAUUCCCGAUGACGUGGAUGCGACAGCCCUUACGUCAAACAUCAGUCAAGGCGGCGUUUUGCAUAUAGAAGCUCCUAAAAAGCUCCCUGCAUCUUCUGGAGAAUCAACGAAAGAGACUUUUAAAUUCUCUUUAGAUGUACAAGGCUUCAAGCCAGAAGAAAUUUCGAUUCAAGUAAAAGGUAGAGAUUUAGUCGUUCAUGGUGAAACAAAAACUGAAAACAGCGGUGAACACGGUUCAAGUUACCACCACAAGCAGUUUACCAAACACGUAGCUUUGCCAGAUGAUGUAGAUCCAUCCGAAUUAUGUUCUCGCUAUACGAAAGACUCUAAAUUAACGAUCGAAGCUCCGCGAAAGCAACUGCAAGCUCCGCUUAAACUUGAAAUCAAAAUGGAAGAAUAAAGUGGUGUCUUUUACAAUUGUUUGUAGUUGUGUUUGUAGCUAUUUGUAAAUUUUAUUUUAUUACAACUAAAUAGUAAUGUUUACGCUAAAUGUACUAUAUUUUAAAUGGCUUAUUUUGUUUUAAAUUAUAAAUUUUUGUAUUGAUAGUUUAUUUAAAAAAGAAAAAGACUUAUUUAUUAAA